CGAUUUUUAUUCCUACGUCAUACAGCACCUUCUCCCAUCCGCAUACGUACCUCGAUUCUUUACGUUCCCGGUGCACAACAGGACAAAAUUACAACCAAUCAAAGGUCCACAUACACUCUCUGUGGGACCCACAAAAAACCCAACUACCCAAUCAUAUUGCAGAAAGCCCCCGUCCGUGGGCCCCGCCGGAGUAGCCUUAUAAAGGCUUAUCAAGCAACCGAGAACCCGCCUCCGCAGACCCACAAUCGCCUCCGCCGCUGUUCCUCCCCUUCCCCUCGUCGGAGCCAGAAACUCAGAACCAUGGCCCGAGCCUUACUGCUGCUCGCCGUUGGGGUCUUGAUCGCCGGCGCACAGGCCGGAUCGGAGUUCCUCGCCGACGAAAACCCGAUCAGACAAGUCGUUGCCGACGGUCUGCACGAGCUCGAGAGCUCUAUUCUACGGAUCGUCGGAAGCUCGCGGCGCGCACUCUCCUUCGCUCGAUUUGCUCACAGGUACGGGAAGAGGUAUGAGAGUGCAGAGGAGGUGCAUAAGAGAUUCCAGAUAUUUACAGAGAAUUUGAAGAUGAUCAAAUCGCAUAACAAGAAGGGUCUAUCUUACACUAUGGGAGUCAACUCGUUUGCUGACAUGACUUGGGAUGAGUUUCGUAAGCAUCGUUUGGGAGCAGCUCAAAACUGCUCUGCUACCACGAGGGGCAAUCACAAGCUGACUGCUGACGAACUUCCAGAAUCGAAAGACUGGAGAACAACUGGCAUUGUUAGCGCCGUCAAAGAUCAAGGUCACUGCGGAUCUUGUUGGACAUUCAGCACGACUGGAGCUCUUGAGGCAGCAUACUCACAAGCAUUUGGUAAGGGUAUCUCUCUAUCCGAGCAGCAGCUCGUGGACUGUGCUGGGAAUUUCAACAACUUCGGCUGCAAUGGUGGACUUCCCUCUCAGGCCUUUGAAUACAUCAAGUAUAAUGGCGGGCUUGAGACCGAGGAUGCGUACCCAUAUACUGCCAAGGAUGGAACCUGCAAAUUCUCGUCCGAAAAUGUCGGGGUCCGGGUGCUCGACUCUGUAAAUAUCACCCUGGGCGCAGAAGAUGAGCUGAAACAUGCUGUGGCAUUUUCUCGGCCUGUGAGUGUGGCUUUUGAGGUGGUUCAUGGUUUUCGGUUGUACAAAGAAGGAGUUUACACUAGCACUACUUGUGGCAGCUCCCCUAUGGAUGUGAACCAUGCUGUUCUUGCCGUUGGUUAUGGGGUCGAAAACGGUAUCCCAUACUGGCUCAUUAAGAACUCAUGGGGAGCUGAAUGGGGUGACAAUGGCUACUUCAAAAUGGAGAUGGGCAAGAACAUGUGUGGCGUUGCCACGUGUGCUUCCUACCCAGUCGUAGCUUAAUUACUGCAAAGGAGGCUUGGAUUUGGGAAGCCAUUUUGCUUUUGUUAAAUGGAUAACAAUAUCCUGUCAAGAGUUGAGCUUUCAAAAAAGUCGUGUGGUUGUACAAAAUAAGAUCCAAGAAAAUAUGGGCACUAUUCCUAUGGCGUCUUCUAAAUUAUUAUGAACACCUGAUGAUUAAUUUGUACAAUUCUGUAAGAAAUAUUAUAAUUUGUUUGUUUACUAUUGGUUUAAGGUAGCUUUCAGGGAUAAAUUCGACCAGGCCCUUAUGGUAUAAAAAUCAAGAUCGUGUG